AUGAGAUUGUUUCAGCAAUUGACCCGCCGUACGGCGUUGACUGGGCUCGCAAGCCCUCGCCUGUCAGCCCAGAUCCCGUCCACCCGCCUCUGGCAGCGCAACUUCGGCGUGACGGCUGCGGCGGCUCAGCAGGCUGCCCUGGAUGCUUCGAAGCUGGAAAUCACCAAGACAAGCACCCCCAAGGAGCUGACCCCUAACAACGAGCUCGUCUUCGGCGCGACUUUCACUGACCACAUGCUCUCGAUCGAAUGGACCGCUAAGGAUGGCUGGCAAACUCCUCAAAUCGUCCCUUAUCAGAACCUCAGCCUGGACCCCUCCACAUGUGUAUUCCACUACGCCUUCGAGUGUUUCGAGGGAAUGAAGGCCUAUAAAGAUAACAACGGAGGAACUCGUUUAUUCCGGCCGAACAAGAACAUGGAGCGUUUGAACAAGUCCUCUGCACGUAUUGCACUGCCGACAUUCGAUGGCGAGGCUCUGACGAAACUGAUUGGAGAGUUUGUCAAGCUGGAUGACCGCUUCAUCCCAAAUGCCCGCGGCUACUCACUUUACCUGCGACCUACCAUGAUCGGUACACAAAAGACUCUCGGCGUUGGCCCUCCUGGCUCUGCUCUGCUCUUCGUCAUUGCCAGCCCCGUCGGCCCUUACUACCCCACCGGCUUCAAGGCCAUCUCCCUCGAGGCCACUGACUAUGCUGUACGUGCCUGGCCCGGUGGCGUCGGUGACAAGAAGCUCGGUGCCAACUAUGCCCCCUGCAUUCUCCCCCAGCUUGAGGCUGCGUCCCGCGGCUUCCAGCAGAACCUCUGGCUCUUCGGCGAGGAGGAGUAUGUCACCGAAGUCGGUACUAUGAACCUCUUCAUCGCCAUUAAGAACAAGGAGACCGGAAAGAAGGAGCUCAUUACUGCUCCUCUGGACGGUACCAUCCUGGAGGGUGUCACCAGAGACUCCGUUCUCACCCUGGCUCGGGAGCGUCUUAUCCCCCAGGGCUGGGACAUCUCUGAGCGCAAGAUCCGCAUGGCCGACGUUGCCCAGGCCGCCGAGGAGGGCCGCUUGAUUGAGGUCUUCGGUGCUGGUACCGCUGCUAUUGUCAGCCCUGUGCGGAAUAUCAGCUACCGCGGUAAGAUGGUGGAUUGCGGUCUGAAGGAGACCGAGGAGGCUGGUGAGAUUGCUCUCCAGAUGAAGAGUUGGAUCGAGGGUAUCCAAUACGGUGACGAGGCCAACGACUGGAGUGUCGUUAUUUAA